AUGGAGAAGUAUGGCCAGUACAGGGACAAAGGCUCCGGCAUAGCACCCUUCUUUACCAUUGCACCUCCGCCAAGCAACAUCUUCCUCGCCCCGUAUCAUCUUUUUCUCUUCUUCUUCCGCAUACCCUUCUUCAUCUUUGCCUGCGCCGUCUGGUACCUCAUCGUACAAUGGACGCCACCCGCAGGCGUCCUCCGCAAAGCCAAUCUCUGGUGCAUCUUAGGCAUUCCAGGAGUCUGGUGGGUCGACAUUAGAGUUGACGGCGUCCGACGCGGAUCUUUGGGUAAACCAGGCGGAUCGAAUCCUUUGCCAGGACCAGGGACCGUCAUCGCAUCUUCCUACACCUCACCUCUGGAUGUGCUCUAUCUGGCUUGCAUCUUCGACCCAAUCUUCACGCAAAGCUAUCCAGGAUCUCGAAAAGUACGACAUCUAUCUAUCGAAGGCGCUCUCGCAGCAUGUUUUACUCUGCCACCUCCACCUGACCAGGCAAUACCACUAUCCCAACUCGUCGCCCAGAACCCAGACCGCGUCAUCGUCGUCUUCCCCGAGAGCACAACAAGCAACGGCCGAGGCGUUCUCCGCCUCACACCCUCCCUCCUCUUCGCCGCCAAGGACACCAGCAUCUACCCCGUCUCCCUCCGCUACACCCCCGCCGACGUCGUCACCCCAAUCCCCGGCAUCAUCGAAGCAGCGCGCUUCCUAUGGAAACUCUGCUCCCGCCAAACGCACUGCAUCCGCGUGCGCAUCGGUCUGCCGCUGACCCUCGGUCAACAGGAUACUGCGGCGGAGAUUGCCAGCAGGGAAGCUUCCAGAGGGCGCGCAGAAGGUAGACCGUAUGAUACUAACUUUUUCGACAGCUUCCAAAACGGCGGAGAAGAAACUGAUAUUGACGGACUUACGCCUAGAGAGCGACGGUCGCUGGAUCUUGUGGCGGAUUCGUUGUGUCGGUUGGGGAGGACGAAGACGUUGGGGUUGGGCGUGAAGGAGAAGGCGCAGUUUGUAGAUGCGUGGCAGGGGAAGACAACGAAGAAGCGGAGGUGA